AUGGGGCUGCCACUAGCUCGCCUGGUGGCUGUGUGCCUAGUCCUGGCCUUAGCCAGGGGCUCGGAGCUCCAGAAAGAAACCAUAUCCCGAAACCAUGUCUGCAGCACCUGGGGUAACUUCCACUACAAAACCUUCGAUGGCGAUGUCUUCCGCUUCCCUGGCCUCUGUGAUUACAACUUUGCCUCUGACUGCCGAGACUCCUACAAGGAAUUUGCUGUGCAUCUGAAGCGGGGCUCGGGCCAGUCUGGGGGUCACCCCCAGAUAGAGUCCAUCAUCAUUACCAUUAAGGACGAUACCAUCUACCUCACCCACAAGCUGGCAGUGGUGAACGGGGCCAUGGUCAGCACCCCACACUACAGCUCCGGGCUCCUCAUUGAGAAGAACGAUGCAUACACCAAAGUCUACUCCCGUGCUGGUCUCUCCCUCAUGUGGAACCGUGAAGACGCACUCAUGCUAGAACUAGACAGCCGGUUCCAGAACCACACCUGUGGUCUCUGUGGGGACUUCAAUGGCAUACAGACCUAUUAUGAGUUCCUCAAAGAAGGUAUACACUACAGUGCCAUUGAGUUUGGGAACAUGCAGAAGAUCAACAAGCCCGAGGAGGAAUGCCAGGACCCGGAGGUGGUGCAAGAGCCAGAGUCUUGCUCUGAGCAUCGAGCCGAGUGUGAGAGGCUGCUGACCUCCACAGCCUUCGAGGACUGCCAGGCCCGGGUGCCCGUGGAGUUGUAUGUGCGCGCCUGCAUGCAGGACCGUUGCGCGUGUCCUCAGGAUGGUGCCUGUGAGUGCAGCACCCUUGCCGAGUUCUCCCGCCAGUGCUCCCAUGCAGGCGGCCGACCUGAGAACUGGAGGACUGCCUCACUCUGCCCCAAGAAAUGCCCUGGUAACAUGGUAUACCUGGAGAGUAGCUCGCCCUGCAUAGACACCUGCUCACAUCUGGAGGUCAGCAGUUUGUGUGAGGAACACUACAUGGAUGGCUGCUUCUGUCCAGAAGGCACUGUGUACGAUGACAUCACGGGCAGGGGCUGCUUCCCUGUGAGCCAGUGCCACUGCAAGCUGCAUGGGCACCUCUAUCGGCCAGGCCAGGAGAUUACCAAUAACUGUGAGACCUGUGUCUGCAAGGCUGGUCGCUGGGAGUGUGAAGAAUGGGAAUGCCCUCAGACUUGUGCCCUAGAAGGUGGCUCCCACAUCACCAGCUUUGAUGGAAAAAAGUUUACCUUUCACGGGGACUGCUACUAUGUCUUGACCAAGGGCCAGCACAAUGACUCCUAUGCCCUUCUGGGUGAGCUGGCCCCCUGCGGCUCCACAGACAAGCAGACCUGCCUGAAAACUGUCCUGCUACUGACUGACAACAAGAAGAACGUGGUGGCCUUCAAAUCGGGUGGCAGUGUGUUACUCAAUGACCUGGAGGUGACCCUGCCCCAUGUGGCAGCAAGCUUCUCCAUCUUUCAACCCUCUUCCUACCACAUUGUUGUGAACACGGCGUUUGGGCUGCGGCUACAGGUUCAACUGGUCCCAAUCAUGCAGCUUUUUGUGACUCUGGAUCAGUCUGCCAAGGGACAGGUGCAGGGUCUCUGUGGAAACUUCAACGACCAGGAAAAUGAUGACUUCAUGACGUCUGGCGGGCUGGUGGAGGCCACGGGUGCCGGCUUCGCCAACACCUGGAAGGCCCAGUCAAGCUGCCAUGACAAGUUAGACUGGCUAGAUGAUCCCUGUUCCCUCAACAUUGAGAGUGCCAACUAUGCUGAGCACUGGUGUUCCCUACUGAAGAGGUCAGAGACCCCUUUUGCCAGGUGCCACCUGACUGUGGACCCCACUGACUACUACAAGAGGUGCAAAUACGACACGUGCAACUGUCAGAACAAUGAGGACUGCAUGUGCGCAGCUCUGUCUUCCUACGCCCACGCCUGUGCUGCCAAGGGGGUCAUGCUGUGGGGCUGGCGGGAGCGCGUCUGCAACAAAGAUGUGCACGCUUGCCCCAGCUCACAGAUCUUCCUGUACAACCUGACCACUUGCCAGCAGACCUGCCGCUCCCUCUCAGAGGGUGACGCUCACUGCCUCAAGGGAUUUGCACCUGUGGAAGGCUGUGGCUGCCCUGACAAUACCUUCAUGGAUGAGAAAGGCCGCUGUGUGCCCUUGGCUAAGUGCUCCUGCUACCACUAUGGACUUUACCUGGAGGCAGGAGAUGUGAUCCUGAGGCAAGGGGCACGCUGCAUUUGCCGGAACGGGAGGCUGCAAUGCACCCAGGUCAAACUGCUUGGCCACACCUGUGAGCACCCCAAAAUCCUUGUGGAUUGCGACAACUUGACUGCUCUGGCCACCAGGGAACCCCGCCCCACUAGCUGCCAGACACUGGUGGCUGGCUAUUACCAUACAGAAUGUGUCAGCGGCUGUGUGUGUCCCGAUGGGGAGCUGGACGAUGGCCGUGGUGGCUGUGUGAAGGAGGAGGAGUGUCCUUGCAUCCAUAACAAAGACCUAUACAAUCCUGGGGACCAGAUCAAACUGGACUGUAACAACACCUGUACUUGCCAGAAAGGACGCUGGGAGUGCACCCGCUAUGCAUGCCACAGCACUUGCUCCAUCUAUGGGAGUGGUCACUACAUUACCUUCGAUGGGAAGCACUAUGACUUUGAUGGACACUGCUCCUAUGUGGCUGUCCAGGACUACUGUGGCCAGAACUCUACUGGCUCCUUCAGCAUCAUCACUGAGAAUGUCCCCUGCGGCACCACAGGCGUUACCUGCUCCAAGGCUAUAAAGAUAUUUGUAGGGGGGACAGAGCUGAAGCUGAUGGAUAAACACCGUGUGGUAAGGCACUUGGGAAAGAGGCACCAUGUGCCCUACAUCACACGGAAAGUGGGCUUGUACCUGGUAGUGGAGGCCAGCCCUGGUAUUAUCAUUAUCUGGGACAAGAGGACCACCAUCUUCAUCAAGCUGGCUCCUUCUUACAAGGGCACUGUGUGCGGUCUGUGUGGGAACUUUGAUGACCAGACCAAGAAUGACUUCACCACUCGGGACCACAUGGUGGUGACCAGUGAGCUGGACUUUGGAAAUAGCUGGAAGGAAGCUUCCACGUGCCCAGAUGUGAACCACACCCCAGACCCCUGCGCCCUAAACCCACACCGUCGCUCCUGGGCAGAGAAGCAGUGCAGCAUUAUCAAGAGUGAUGUAUUCAAAGGGUGCCACAGCAAGGUGGACCCCACGGUCUUCUAUGAGGCCUGUGUGCAUGACUCCUGCUCCUGCGACACGGGUGGUGACUGUGAGUGUUUCUGCUCCGCUGUGGCCUCCUAUGCUCAAGAAUGCACCAAGGCAGAGGCCUGUGUGUUCUGGAGAAGGCCGGACCUAUGCCCUGUAUUCUGUGAUUACUACAACCUCCCAAAUGAGUGUACAUGGCACUAUGAACCAUGUGGGAACCGCAGCUUUGAGACCUGCAGGACCAUCAACGGCAUCCACUCCAACAUCUCUGUGUACUACCUGGAGGGUUGCUACCCUCGGUGCCCUGAGGACAAGCCCAUAUAUGAUGAGGACAGAAUGAGAUGUGUCACUGAGGACCAGUGUGGCUGCUAUAUUGAUGGCAUUCACUAUCCACCCAAUUCGUCAAUUCCCACUAAGGAUAUCUGCGAGUCUUGUAUGUGCACCAACACUUCAAAAAUCUUCUGUGGUCCAGAUGAAGGAAAGGUUGUUAACGAGACCCAGGAUGGUGUCUUCUGCUACUGGGAGAUCUGCAACUCCAAUGGGACAAUAGAACAAUACUUGAAUAUUUGUGUCUCCUCCACGCCACCUCCAUCCACCCUGACAAGCUUCACCACAGUCUCUACCCCUAUUUCCAUCUCCACCAUCACCACCACAACCACUGCCACUGCCACCACCAUUACCGCUACCGCCACUGCCACCACCACAGGCACGAUAACUGGCACUGAAGUACCAUGCUGCUGGACUGAUUGGAUCAACAACAACCAUCCUAGCGAUGACAGUGAUGGUGGUGAGCAAGAGACCUUCGACAGCGUCUGUAGUGCUCCUGUGGACAUUGAGUGCAGGUCAGCCACAGACCCCACGCUCAGCUGGCAGGAUCUGGACCAGAAGGUACAGUGUAAUGUCUCAUUUGGGCUCAUUUGCAACAACGAAGACCAGUAUGGAAACGGAGUAUUUGAACGUUGUUAUGACUAUGAGAUACGAGUCAAGUGUUGCUCUCCAGAGGUGAACUGUGCUACUUCAACCCCCUCACCCACAACUUCACCAACAACCUCACCCACAACUUCACCAACAACCUCACCCACAACUUCGACAACAACCUCACCUACCACUUUACCAACAGCCUCACCUACCCCUUUACCAACAGCCUCACCUACAACUUCACCAACAGCCUCACCUACUACUUCACAAACAACUCCACCUACCACUUCAACAGUUUCACCAACUACUCCAGCUACCACAUCACCAACAAGCUUCCCUACCACUACACCAACCAUUUCAUCUAGUGCUACACCAGUGACUUCAUUUACCACUUCACAGACAUCUUCACCAACCACCUCUGUUAUAACUUCACCAACCCCUUCACCAGGCACCUCAACUGCCACAUCACCAAGCACCUCACCUACCAUUUCAUCAACCUUGUCUACUCUGACCACCACCACCACCACCACCACCACCACUCCUACUAUCCCAACAUCUACCAAAACAGUGACUCCAUUCACACUAUCUACAACCACAGAGACGCCAACACCAAAAUCUAUUACCACACAUACAACAACACAAACUUCUACCAUAGAAACUUCCACACCCAGAUAUACCACUACAGAGACAACCCCAACACCUACUACCACAGAAACCUCAACUCCAAUAUCUACUACCACACAGACCACAACACCAACACCUAGUCCAAGUAGCUCUACUCCAACAUCUACCACCACAGAGACACCAACCCAAACUCUGACCACCACAGUUCCUACAACCCCAACACCUACUACCACAGAAAUCUCAACUCCAAUAUCUACUACCACACAGACAACAACACCAACAUCUAGUCAAAGUACCUCUACUUCGACAUCUACCACCACAGAGACACCAACACCAACUAUAACCACCACAGUUCCUACAACCCCAACACCUACUACCAUAGAAAUCUCAACUCCAAUAUCUACUACCACACAGACUACAACACCAACGCCUAGUGCAGGUCCCUCCAUGCCAACAUCGACCAUGACAGAGACACCAACCCCAAGCCCAACCACCAUAGUGACUCAAACCCCAGGACCUACAAUCACAGCAACCUCAACUCCAAUAUCUAUUACUACACAGACAACAACAACAACACAUAUUCCAGGACCCUCCAGUCCAACAUCUACCCCUACAGAGACACCAACCCCAACUCUGACUACCACAGUGACCACAAAACCAACACCUACCAUCAUAGAAACCUCAACUCCAACAUCUCCUUCUUCACAAACCACAACAACAACCACUAGUGUAGGAACCUCCACUCCAACACCUACUACCACAGAGACACCAAGUCCAACGUCCACUGUCACGGUGAUUUCAACCCCAACAACUACUACCACAGAAACCUCAACUCCAGUAUCUACUACCACACAGACAACAACACCAACACCUAGUCCAAAAACUUCCACACCCAGAUAUACCACUACAGAGACAACCCCAACACCUACUACCACAGAAACCUCAACUCCAAUAUCUACUACCACACAGACCACAACACCAACACCUAGUCCAAGUAGCUCUACUCCAACAUCUACCACCACAGAGACAACAAUCCCAACUCUGACCACCACAGUUCCUACAACCCCAACACCUAUUAUCACAGAAACCUCAACUCCAAUUUCUACUACCACACAGACAACAACACCAACACCUAGUCCAAGUAGCUCUACUCCAACAUCUACCACCACAGAGACACCAACCCCUACGGGAACUAGUGUAGUGACUCAAACACCAACAGCUACCACUCCAAACCCCUCAACUCCAAUAUCUAUUACCACACAUACUACUACACCAACACAUAGUCCAGGUCCCUCUACUCCAACAUCUACAAAGACAGAGACACCAACCCCAACCACAACCAGCAUAGUGACUCAAACCCUAACACCUACCACCACAGAGACCUCCACUCCAUUAUCUACUACUACACAGACAACAACAACAACACGUAUUCCAGGUCCCUCCAGUCCAACAUCUACACCCACAGAGACACCAACCCCAACUCUGACUACCACAGUGACCACAAAACCAACAUCUACCAUCAUAAAAACCUCAACUCCAACAUCUACUUCUUCACAAACUACAACAACAACCACUAGUACACCAAGUCCAACGUCCACUGUCACAGUGAUUUCAACCCCAACACCUUCUACCACAGAAACCUCAACUCCAAUAUCUACUACCACACAGACCACAACACCAACACCUAGUCCAAGUAGCUCUACUCCAACAUCUACCACCACAGAGACACCAACCCCAACUCUGACUACCACAGUUCCUACAACCCCAACACCUACUACCACAGAAACCUCAACUCCAGUAUCUAGUACGACACAGACUACAACACUAACACCUAGUACCUCCACUCUAACACCUACCACCACAGAGACACCAAGUCCAACGUCCACUAUUACAGUGAUUUCAACCUCAACACCUACUACCACAGAAACCUCAACUCCAAUAUAUAAUACCACACAGACAACAACACCAACACCUAGUCCAAGUAGCCCUACUCCAACAUCUACCACAACAGAGACACCAACACCAACUCUGACUACCACAGUUCCUACAACCCCAACACUUACUACCACAGAAACCUCAACUCCAAUGACAACACCAACACCUAGUCCAAGUAGCUCCACUCCAACAUCUACCACCACAGAGACGGCAACAUCAACACCAACCAGCGUAGUGACUCAAACCCCAACAGCUACCAGCCCAAAAACCUCCACUACAAUAUCUAUUACUACACAGACAACAACAACAACAACAACAACAACAACACAUAUUCCAGGAUCCUCCAGUCCAACAUCUACACCCACAGAGACACCAACCCCAACUCUGACUACCACAGGGACUCCAAAACCAACACCUACCAUCAUAGAAACCUCAACUCCAACAUCUUCUACACAAACCACAACAACAACCUCUAGUGUAGGUACCUCCACUCCAACACCUACUACCACAGAGACACCAAGUUCAACGUCCACUAUCACGGUGAUUUCAAGCCUAACACCUACUAUCACAGAAACCUCAACUCCAAUAUCUACUACCACACAGACCACAACACCAACACCUAGUCCAAGUAGCUCUACUCCAACAUCUACCACCACAGAGACACCAACUCCAACUCUCACCACUACAGUUUCUACAACAACAACACCUACUACCACAGAAGCCUCAACUCCAACAACAACAGCAGUAAGUAUUCCAGGUCCCUCAAGUCCAACAUCUAUACCCACAGGGACACCAACUCCAACUCUGACUACUACAGUGACUCCAACCCCAACACCUACCAUCAUAGAAACCUCAACUCCAACAUCUCCUUCCACACAAACCACAACAACAACCACUACUGUAGGAACCUCCACUCCAACAACAAUCACCACGGAGAUACCAGGUCUAACGUCCACUAUCACAGUGAUUUCAACACCUACACCUACUACCACAGAAACCUCAACUCCAAUAUCUACUACCACACAGACAACAACACCAACAUCUAGUCAAAGUACCUCUACUUCGACAUCUACCACCACAGAGACACCAACACCAACUAUAACCACCACAGUUCCUACAACCCCAACACCUACUACCAUAGAAAUCUCAACUCCAAUAUCUACUACCACACAGACUACAACACCAACACCUAGUGCAGAAACCUCAACUCCAACAUCUCCUUCUUCACAAACCACAACAACAACCACUACAAUAGGUACCUCUACUCCAACACCUACCACGACAGAGACACCAAGUUCAACAUCCACUAUCACAGUGAUUUCAACCCCAACACCUUCUACCACAGAAACCUCAACUCCAAUAUCUACUACCACACAGACAACAACACCAACACCUAGUCCAAGUAGCUCUACUCCAACAUCUACCACCACAGAGACACCAACCCAAACUCUGACCACCACAGUUCCUACAACCCCAACACCUACUACCACAGAAAUCUCAACUCCAAUAUCUACUACCACACAGACUACAACACCAACGCCUAGUGCAGGUCCCUCCAUGCCAACAUCGACCAUGACAGAGACACCAACCCCAAGCCCAACCACCAUAGUGACUCAAACCCCAGGACCUACAAUCACAGCAACCUCAACUCCAAUAUCUAUUACUACACAGACAACAACAACAACACGUAUUCCAGGACCCUCCAGUCCAACAUCUACCCCUACAGAGACACCAACCCCAACUCUGACUACCACAGGGACUCCAAAACCAACACCUACCAUCAUAGAAACCUCAACUCCAACAUCUCCUUCUUCACAAACCACAACAACAACCACUACAAUAGGUACCUCUACUCCAACACCUACCACGACAGAGACACCAAGUUCAACAUCCACUAUCACAGUGAUUUCAACCCCAACACCUUCUACCACAGAAACCUCAACUCCAAUAUCUACUACCACACAGACAACAACACCAACACCUAGUCCAAGUAGCUCUACUCCAACAUCUACCACCACAGAGACACCAACCCAAACUCUGACCACCACAGUUCCUACAACCCCAACACCUACAACCACAGAAACCUCAACUCUAGUAUUUAACAUCAACCCCAACUCUGACUACCACAGUGACCACAAAACCAACACCUACCAUCAUAGAAACCUCAACUCCAACAUCUCCUUCUUCACAAACCACAACAACAACCACUACUGUAGGUACCUCUACUCUAACACCUACAACGACAGAGACACCAAGUUUAACGUCCAGUAUGACAAAACCUCAACUCCAACAUCUUCUUCUACACAAACCACAACAACAACCACUAGUUUAGGUACCUUCACUCCAACACCUACCACUAUAGAGACACCAAGUCCAACGUCCACUAUCACAGUGAUUUCAACCCCAACACCUACUACCACAGAAACCUCAACUCCAAUAUCUACUACCACACAGACAACAACACCAACACCUAGUCCAAGUACCUCUACUCCAGCACCCACCACCACAGAGACACCAAGUCCAACGUCCACUAUCACGGUGAUUUCAAGCAGAACACCUACUACCACAGAAACCUCAACUCCAAUAUCUACUACCACACAGACGACAACACCAACACCUAGUCCAAGUAGCUCUACUCCAACAUCUACCACCACAGAGACACCAACCCCAACUCUGACUACCACAGUGACUCCAAAACCAACACCUACCAUCAUAGAAACCUCAACUCCAACAUCUUCUUCUACACAAACCACAACAACAACCACUAGUUUAGGUACCUUCACUCCAACACCUACCACUAUAGAGACACCAAGUCCAACGUCCACUAUCACAGUGAUUUCAACCCCAACACCUACUACCACAGAAACCUCAACUCCAAUAUCUACUACCACACAGACAACAACACCAACACCUAGUCCAAGUAGCUCUACUCCAACAUCUACCACCACAGAGACACCAACCCCUACGGCAACUAGCGUAGUGACUCAAACCCCAACUGCGACCACCACAGAAAUCUCAACUCCUUUAUCUACUACUACACAGACAACAACAACAACACGUAUUCCAGGUCCCUCCAGUCCAACAUCUACCCCUACAGAGACACCAACCCCAACUCUGACUACCACAGUGACCACAAAACCAACACCUACCAUCAUAGAAACCUCAACUCCAACAUCUCCUUCUACACAAACCACAACAACAACCACUACUGUAGGUACCUCUACUCCAGCACCCACCACCACAGAGACACCAAGUCCAACGUCCACUAUCACGGUGAUUUCAAGCAGAACACCUACUACCACAGAAACCUCAACUCCAAUAUCUACUACCACACAGACGACAACACCAACACCUAGUCCAAGUAGCUCUACUCCAACAUCUACCACCACAGAGACACCAACCCCAACUCUGACUACCACAGUGACUCCAAAACCAACACCUACUACCACAGAAACCUCAACUCCAAUAUCUACUACCACACAGACCACAACACCAACACCUAGUCCAAGUAGCUCUACUCCAACAUCUACCACCGCAGAGACACCAACCCCAACUCCUACCACCACAGUUCCUACAACUCCAACACCUACUACCACAGAAACCUCAACUCCAGUAUCUACUACCACACAGACUACAACACCAACGCUGAGUCCAGGUCCCUCUACUUCAACAUCUACCAUCACAGAGACACCAACCCCAACCCCAACAACUGUACUGACUCAAACCCCAACUGCGACCACCACAGAAAUCUCAACUCCAUUAUCUACUACUACACAGACAACAACAACAACAACAACAACACGAACCUCCACUCCAACACCUACCACCACAGAGACACCAAGUUCAACGUCCACUAUCACGGUGAUUUCAAGCCCAACACCUACUACCACAGAAAUCUCAACUCCAAUAUCUACUACCACACAGACGACAACACCAACACCUAGUCCAAGUAGCUCUACUCCAACAUCUACCACCACAGAGACACCAACCCCAACUCUGACUACCACAGUUCCUACAACCCCAACACCUACCAACACAGAAACCUCAACUCCAACAACUCCAACAUCUUCUACUAGCCAAACUCCUUCCAAAUCUCCAACGAAACCAUCAACACCUGUGACCACUGUGUUCCCCUCUUCCCCACCCACGGAGUCCAUCAUCAUUCCUAGCACCCCUGCAACCACCAUAGUAACGUCUAGCACUGCAUCGUCACCUGGAACAUCACCAUCCAUCACUUCAUCAGCGGGCAGUACACCCUCUUUACCUCCAGGACCAACACCGGGGCCCUCCACCACUGCUUCCGGCACAUCUACUUCCUCAAGGACCACAACAGGACCAACUUCACCCACCACAAGACCACCCUCCACAUCCACUCCUACAUCCUUCACUGUGCCAGUAUCUACCACGGAAACCACACCAACUACUUUGGAGACCACCAGGACCUCUUCUUGGGGCACAAUCUCCUCAGCCUCCCCAAUCACCUCUCCCAUCACUGACUGGACCAGUGUUGACACCUUGGUUACCUGCUGUGUUUUGAAUGACACAUACUAUGGCCCAGGUGAACUGGUCUACAACAAUACCUAUGGGAACACUUGUUAUUAUGUGAACUGCUCUGUGGAGUGUGAACUCCAAAUCUUCAAAUGGCCCUGUCCAUCUACUCCCUCAACUUCUACACCCUCCACACCAACGUCCUCCCUGACGACCACACCCUCCACAGCAUCUACCACAUCUUCAAAGUCUACACCCUCCACACCCUCCACACCAUCAUCUACCACAUCAUCCACACUCUCCACAACAAAAUCCACAUCAUCCAAGUCAUCAACCACAACCUCCAACCCUGGGUGCCUCGGCUUUGAUCCUCCUAGACAGGAGAAUGAGACCUGGUGGCUAUGUAAUUGUACCAUGGCCAUUUGCAAGCAUGACAACACAGUGGAGCUUGUGGAGCGGAAGUGCGAACCCCCGCCCAUGCCCACCUGCUCCAACGGCCUGAAGCCUGUGCGUGUCAUCGACCCUGAUGGCUGCUGCUGGCACUGGGAGUGUGACUGCUAUUGCACCGGCUGGGGGGACCCACACUUUGUUACCUUCGAUGGGCUCUACUACAGUUACCAGGGUAACUGCUCCUAUGUUCUAAUGGAGGAGAUUACCCCCACGGUGGACAACUUUGGGAUCUACAUUGACAACUACCAUUGUGAUGUCAGUGACGAGGUAUCCUGCCCCCGCACACUAAUUGUGCGUCACGAGACCCAGGAAGUGCAGAUCAGGACUCUGCAAUUGAUGCCCAUUGUGGUGCAGGUGCAGGUGAACAAGCAGGUAGUGGCUCUGCCCUACCAGAAGUUUGGGGUGCAGGUGUACGAAUCUGGCAUCAACUAUGUGGUGGACAUCCCCAGGCUGGAAGCUCAGAUCACCUACAAUGGCCUGUCUUUCUCCAUCCGGCUGCCCUACCACCUCUUUGGCAACAACACAAAGGGCCAGUGUGGCACCUGCACCAACAGUACUGACGAUGACUGCAUCCUGCCCAGCGGGGAGAUCAUCUCCGACUGUGAGGUUGCUGCUGACGAGUGGUUGGUGAACGAUCCCUCCAAGCCGCACUGUCCUCACAGCAGCUUCACCACCAAGCGCCCAGCCAUCACGACAGCAGGGUUCUCGCCACCUGAGAACUGCACUGGGUCUCCUAUCUGCGAGCUCAUCAAGAGCAGCCUGUUCUCUGAAUGCCACCCCUUCGUGCCUCCCAAGCACUACUAUGAAGCCUGUCUGUUUGAUAGCUGCUUUGUGCCUAACUCUACUUUGGAGUGUGCCAGUGUACAGGCCUAUGCAGCCCUCUGUGCCAAGGAAGGCACCUGCGUUGACUGGCGGAACCAUACUCAGGGGGCCUGCUCUGUAAAGUGUCCAUCUCACAAGGAGUACAAGCCCUGUAGCCCUGCAGAAGAAUCCACCUGCCAGUCCAGCUCCUCUCAGAAUUCCACAAUCUUGGUGGAAGGCUGCUUCUGUUCUGAAGGCACCACAAAGUUUUCCCCUGCCAUUGAUGUCUGUGUGAAGACUUGUGGCUGUGUGGGACCUGACAAUGUGCCCAGAGAGUUUGGAGAGCGGUUUGAGUUUGACUGCCAGGACUGUACUUGCCUAGAGGGUGGAAAUGGCAUUGUCUGCACUCCAAAGAUAUGUGCUGGGCAGAACCAGACCACAUGCGAGAAGGAUGGCUACUACCUUGUCGAAGAGAUCGACCCAGAUAACAAGUGCUGCAACAAAACCACAUGUAAGUGUGACACCAGACUAUGCAAAGCGGAACGUCCCUCUUGCUUGCUGGGAUUCGAAGUCAAGAGCCACCCUGGAGAAUGCUGUCCAGUUUACUCCUGUGAACCCAAGGGUGUGUGUGUGCACGAGAAUGCUGAAUACCAGCCUGGAUCUCCAGUGUACUCCACCAAGUGCCAGGAAUGUGUAUGCACCAACUCCACGGACAAUGUCACCCAGGUCAACUACAUCUCCUGUACGCAUGUGCCCUGCAUCAGCUCCUGCAGCUCUGGCUUUGAGCUUGUGGAAGUCCCUGGGGAGUGCUGCAAGAAAUGUCAGCAGACCCACUGCAUCAUUGAGAGGCCAGACCAGCAGUAUGUCAUCCUGAAGCCCGGGGACAUAAAGAAAAACCCCAACGACCAGUGUACCUUCUUCAGCUGCUUGAAAAUCAACAACCAGCUCAUCUCCUCUAUCUCCAACAUCACCUGCCCCGACUUCAACGCCGAUGAAUGUGUUCCGGGCUCCAUCACGUACAUGCCAAAUGGCUGCUGUAAGACCUGUAUUCCUAAAAACAACACCGCAGUCCCUUGCUCUCUCAUCCGUGUCAAGAAGGAGAUUUCCUACAAUGGCUGCUCCAAGAAUGUCUCCAUGAACUACUGUUCGGGCUCCUGCGGGACUUUCGCCAUGUACUCUGCCCAGGUCCAGGAUCUGGAUCACAGGUGCUCUUGCUGCAAGGAGGAGAGGACCAGCAAGCGCCAGGUGACCCUGGAAUGUCCAGAUGGUAGUGAGCUGAGCCAUACCUACACGCACAUUGAGAGCUGUCUCUGCCAGGACACCGUCUGUGCGCUCCCCCAGGCCCAGCGAGUCCGCGUCAGGCGUUCCAGUCCCCGACUUCUGGGAAGGAAGUGA